AUGUGCUUCAAUUUCAUAAUGCCUCCUGCUAUGGCAGACAUUCUUGACAUCUGGGCAGUGGAUUCACAGAUAGCAUCUGAUGGCUCCAUACCUGUGGAUUUCCUUUUGCCCACUGGGAUCUAUAUCCAAUUGGAGGUACCUCGGGAAGCUACCAUUUCUCAUAUUAAGCAGAUGUUAUGGAAGCAAGUUCACAAUUACCCAAUGUUUAACCUCCUUAUGGAAAUUGAUUCCUAUAUGUUUGCAUGUGUGAAUCAAACUGCUGUAUAUGAGGAGCUUGAAGAUGAAACUAGACGACUGUGUGAUGUCAGACCUUUUCUUCCAGUUCUCAAAUUAGUGACAAGAAGUUGUGACCCAGGGGAGAAAUUAGACUCAAAAAUUGGAGUCCUUAUAGGAAAAGGUCUGCAUGAAUUUGAUGCCUUGAAGGACCCUGAAGUGAAUGAAUUCAGAAGAAAAAUGCACCAAUUCAGUGAGGAAAAAAUUCAGUCUCUUAUAGGAUUGUCUUGGAUGGACUGGCUGACGCAAACAUAUCCACCAGAGCAUGAACCGUCCAUCCUUGAAAACUUAGAAGAUAAACUUUAUGGAGGAAAGCUCAUUGUGGCUGUUCAUUUUGAAAAUUGUCAGGAUGUGUUUAGCUUUCAAGUGUCCCCUAAUAUGAAUCCUGUAAAAAUAAAUGAAUUGGCAAUCCAAAAACGUUUGACUAUUCAUGGAAAAGAAGAUGAAGUUAGCCCCUAUGACUAUGUGUUACAAGUCAGUGGGAGAGUAGAAUAUGUGUUUGGUGAUCAUCCACUAAUUCAGUUCCAGUAUAUCCGGAACUGUGUAAUGAACAGGACCUUGCCUCAUUUUAUACUAGUGGAAUGCUGCAAAAUCAAGAAGAUGUAUGAACAGGAAAUGAUUGCAAUAGAAGCUGCCAUAAACCGAAAUUCCUCUAACCUUCCUCUUCCUUUACCACCAAAGAAAACGCGAAUUAUUUCUCAUGUUUGGGAAAAUAAUAAUCCUUUCCAAAUUAUCUUGGUUAAGGGAAAUAAACUUAACACAGAAGAAACUGUAAAAGUUCACGUCAGAGCUGGUCUCUUUCACGGUACUGAGCUCCUGUGUAAAACCAUCGUAAGCUCAGAGAUAUCGGGGAAAAAUGAUCACAUUUGGAAUGAACCACUGGAAUUUGAUAUUAAUACUUGCGACCUACCAAGAAUGGCUCGAUUAUGUUUUGCUGUUUAUGCAGUUUUAGAUAAAGUAAAAACGAAGAAAUCAACUAAAACUAUUAAUCCUUCCAAAUAUCAAACCAUCAGGAAAGCUGGAAAAGUGCAUUAUCCUGUAGCCUGGGUAAAUACAAUGGUUUUUGACUUUAAAGGACAGUUGAGAUCUGGAGAUGUAUUAUUACAUAGCUGGUCUUCCUUUCCUGAUGAACUUGAAGAAAUGUUGAAUCCAAUGGGAACUGUUCAAACAAAUCCAUAUACUGAAAAUGCAACAGCUUUGCACAUUAAAUUCCCAGAGAAUAAAAAACAACCUUAUUAUUACCCUCCCUUUGAUAAGAUUAUUGAAAAGGCGGCUGAGAUUGCCAGCAGUGAUAGUGCUAAUGUGUCAAGUCGAGGUGGAAAAAAGUUUCUUGCUGUACUGAAAGAAAUCUUAGAUAGAGAUCCCUUAUCUCAGCUAUGUGAGAAUGAAAUGGAUCUUAUUUGGACUUUGCGACAAGACUGCAGAGAGAAUUUUCCACAGUCACUGCCAAAAUUAUUGUUAUCUAUCAAGUGGAAUAAACUUGAGGAUGUUGCUCAGCUUCAGGCGCUUCUUCAGAUUUGGCCUAAACUGCCCCCUCGGGAGGCCCUGGAGCUUCUGGAUUUCAACUAUCCAGACCAGUACGUGCGGGAAUAUGCCGUGGGCUGCCUGCGACAGAUGAGUGAUGAAGAGCUCUCUCAAUAUCUUUUACAACUGGUGCAGGUUUUAAAAUAUGAGCCUUUUCUUGAUUGUGCCCUCUCUCGAUUCCUAUUAGAAAGAGCACUUGCUAAUCGGAGGAUAGGGCAGUUUCUAUUUUGGCAUCUUAGGUCAGAAGUACACAUUCCUGCUGUUUCAGUACAAUUUGGUGUCAUACUUGAAGCAUAUUGUCGGGGAAGCGUAGGCCACAUGAAAGUGCUUUCUAAGCAGGUUGAAGCACUUAAUAAGUUAAAAACUUUAAAUAGUUUAAUCAAACUGAAUGCGAUGAAGCUAAAUAGAGCCAAAGGGAAAGAGGCCAUGCACACCUGUUUAAAACAGAAUGCUUACCGAGAAGCCCUCUCAGACCUGCAGUCACCUCUGAACCCAUGUGUCAUCCUCUCAGAACUCUAUGUUGAAAAGUGCAAAUACAUGGAUUCCAAGAUGAAACCUUUGUGGCUGGUGUACAACAAUAAGGUAUUUGGUGAGGAUUCAGUUGGAGUAAUUUUUAAAAAUGGUGAUGAUUUACGACAGGAUAUGUUGACACUUCAAAUGCUGCGCUUGAUGGAUUUACUCUGGAAAGAAGCUGGUCUGGAUCUUCGGAUGCUGCCUUAUGGCUGUUUAGCAACAGGAGACCGCUCUGGCCUCAUUGAAGUUGUGAGCACCUCUGAAACAAUUGCCGACAUUCAGCUGAACAGUAGCAAUGUGGCAGCCGCCGCAGCCUUCAACAAAGAUGCCCUUCUGAACUGGCUUAAAGAAUACAAUUCUGGGGAUGACCUGGACCGAGCUAUUGAGGAAUUUACCCUGUCCUGUGCUGGCUACUGUGUAGCUUCUUAUGUCCUUGGGAUUGGUGACAGACAUAGUGACAACAUCAUGGUCAAGAAAACUGGCCAGCUCUUCCACAUUGACUUUGGACAUAUUCUUGGAAACUUCAAGUCUAAAUUUGGUAUUAAAAGGGAACGAGUGCCUUUUAUUCUUACCUAUGAUUUCAUUCAUGUCAUUCAACAAGGAAAAACAGGAAACACGGAAAAGUUUGGCCGGUUCCGCCAGUGUUGUGAGGAUGCAUAUCUGAUUUUACGACGGCAUGGGAAUCUCUUUAUCACACUGUUUGCACUGAUGUUGACUGCAGGACUUCCUGAGCUCACGUCAGUCAAGGAUAUACAGUAUCUCAAGGAUUCUCUUGCCUUAGGGAAGAGUGAAGAAGAAGCACUCAAACAAUUCAAGCAAAAAUUUGAUGAGGCGCUCAGGGAAAGCUGGACUACUAAAGUGAACUGGAUGGCCCACACGGUUCGGAAAGACUACAGAUCAUAA